UCAAGGUUAGCUUCCCUCGUCAUGGGUCGUAGACAACCUCCUACUGUUCACCGAGACGAUGUCAGUUAACUUAUACUACACAAACUGAACAUUAAAUAGAACCGCCUCUCAAAACAGGACAGUCCAUGUGUUCCCACCGAUGUGGAAACCGAGCGAGGAAACUUCUGGAAGAGGCUGGUGCUGCUGAUGAUGAUGCGUGUCAUCACUACCGAGUCGAGAGGGUUCAAUGCCAACAACUUCCGGUUUCGCUUGCACCACAGCAGAGAUCAAGAAGUUUCAGGUUUUGUCUUUGAAUUUCAGUUAAUAACACUCAUACACCCAGCAGCAACUCAUCAGAAUAAUAAAGGCAUUGUUUGGGUGUCUAAAAUACAUCCUAUAUUGUUUAGAUCUUGCAUCGGGCCCUUUUUCGUGAUAUAUUGAUUUUACUACGCAUGCGCAGGUUCUUCACUAUGGAAAAGGGUUAACAGAAGGAAAACGUAACUUAAGUUUGACUUAAUAGUAUGUUAUGACUAAAACAUACUGACUAUAGUCAUAUUUAAAUUCCCUCGGACAAAUCCUUAUAAACACUAUCACAAACAACUCUUGCAAGUAUGUUAAUGACUCAUACAAGUAAUUUGACACUGUUUCCAGUGGCUUUUGGUACACAAAGUAGUACACUUGAAGAAAUAUAGGCUAGACGUAAGACAACAAAGCUAAACAAUAACACACAUACAGUUAUAAACUAGGCAUGAACAUACCUACAACAAACAUACAAUACAUGUACUGUCAUAGACUGUGAACUGCACAUACAGGGUAGUGGUAUGUUUGGUACUGUACAAUUAAGUUGGAAUAAAUAUUGUAUAGCUAAUGUUAUAAGUAGUGAAUGAGCUAGCUCUGUUGAUGGAAAUACAGAUCAUGCAAUCUGCUUAGUUCAGGGUUUGCACUGUCAGUGUGUAUAAAUAAUUUGUUACUUCAGUGAAGCGGUUUAGUGUUGCAGGGUUAUUGCACAGGAUAUUUCUAAGACCGGCGUGGCUAAAUUAACUUUGUGUUUGUUUUGGGAAAGUACCUGCCCAUGGUUGGCUACUGGAUGUUCUUGUUGUAAAAUGCUUUAGCACCCACUAGAGGGGGCAAGUUAAAAUAAGUCAUGUCCAGAGUGUCGAGGGUCUGAAAUAAUUUUCACAGCCUGUUUCCUGACUCAGGAAAUGUACGCAAGCUGGCAGCGGAGGGGAGGUUGGCAUCAUUUAUCUUCUCUGUAAUCACAACUACAGACAUCCUCAAUGUACAUAGAUUGCACAAGCCGAAGCUUUCUGACACAAUUCAAACAAAUGUAAACUAUUUGUUUUAUUUUCUAGUCUUCAUAAGAGGCUAUCUUGAAGACAAUUUAUCUUCAAGAGAAUAAAAAUGACUGACAGUCUCAGGAUAAGUGAUCCCAUGGAAUCUUAUGUCACAGCAUUCCUCUUACAUCUGAUCUAAAUGUUACCACCUUUUGAAAAAAGUUGUUCAGCAUCCAGCAUUUGAGGGUUUCUUUUCCAUUCAUUGAUGUUUCUGAUCAUCAGUGAAACAAGUAUCAGGUUUAUCACAGGGAUAUUUCUGAUGCAAAACUCAAAAUCUGUCUUGUACAGUGAUACCUCUGCUUGCUGCUGGCUUUGACUGCUCCUGCCGGUUAUAUAAAUAGACCACAGAAUUAUGCAGUUGGCUAUGUGCGAUGAUCAGUUGACCCUGUUGGAUGAAUGGCAUCUUUGAUCUUCUCACAAUCAGCAUUUUCCUUGCCCUCCUCUGACCACAAACCUCCUUGAAGUAUUUUAGAAGUGGUGUUGUUCAUUUAACCCACAAACCUUGAACCAAACAGGCCCUGAAAUAAACCUGUCUGCUUUUGUCAGGGAGGUCAGAAAGAGAAAAGAAUACCACUCACACAGGUGGUCCGGGGGAAGGGGGGGAAGUGUUGGCAUGUGGAGGUCUUUCAUCCCAUGGCUCAGGCUUUUAAUGGGGACCGUCACUGUAACCAAGCGAGGAGCAGGGCAGACAAGAGAUGUAUCUUAUAGGUCUAAUGAGAGCACAUUGGCAUCUGUCACUGGGUAGGCUUGUAUGUGGCUGUCCAAGGUUACCAAGCUGGUGUAGAGCAAAUCAGGCAACUUAUAUUUAGCCUUGCAAAUGGCGCUCUGUGGAUUAUGUCUUGGUGCUCUCCGGUUUCGUCUUCAGUGCGUUUUGCAGAGUGAAGGGGGGCUGUGGAUCAUGAAGAGGCUGCUACUCAGGUGAGGAGCAGGUUAACUUCAUGUUCUAAGACCAGCUCUCCUUCCACUUCUUCUCAUUUUCUCCCGUGUUCGCCUGCCUCCUCCUUUGAAUACGUACACUCUUCCAGGGGACAAAAGUGUUUAUGGUCUCACAUACUUCUUCUGGCGGUGGAGGGCUAUUCAGAGAGUCCAAGAGCACCACAGAAGACAAGCUUGAGUUGGACUGACAGUUGCGCUGAGGGGGAGCAGGGAAUUGCUUCUCAUUCCAGAGGACAGCCAGCGUGCUUGGACAUAUCAGAGAAUAUUUUUCAAGCCUACUGACAUUUGGGAUUUAACAGUAUCAUGGAUGUACUCGCCUUAGAGGCAAAGACUGGAAAUGCAGCAGAUUCUGAAAAGAAGUCUUCCUCGAGGCCAAAACCGAAACCUCCCAAAAAGGCCAAAAGGAUUGUUUACUUUGAAGUGGAGAUUGUGGACCUAAAGACUAAAGAGAAACUGCUGCUGCUCGAUAAGGUGGAGCCAACUGCCACUGUUUUGGAUAUAAAAGCUUUGUUUCAUAAAUCAUAUCCAAAGUGGUAUCCAGCCAGACAAUCCCUGCGUUUGGAUGCAAAGGGCAAGUGUCUCAGGGAUGAGGAAAUUCUGCAGACGCUUCCUGUGGGAACCACAGCCAGCUUUUACUUCAGUGACCUCGGGCCCCAGCUCACAUGGGGAACUGUGUUCCUGACAGAGUGUGUUGGCCCACUGAUCAUCUACUUAAUGUUCUACUUCCACCUUCCCUUCAUCUACUCCCCCAAAUAUGACUUCACCAGCAGCAAGCACUGGGUCGUACACUUGGCCUGCAUGUGUCACUCCUUCCACUACAUCAAGAGGAUCCUGGAGACACUGUUUGUCCAUCGUAUCUCCCAUGGGACCAUGCCCCUCAGAAACAUAUUUAAGAACUGUGGCUAUUACUGGUGCUCCGCAGCUUGGAUGGCGUACUACAUUAACCACCCUCUCUACACCACUCCCUAUUAUGGGCAGCAGCAGGUGAAUACAGGACUUUAUAUUUUCUUGUUCUGUCAAAUAGGAAACUUUUCCAUCCAUGUGGCUCUUCGUAACCUCAAACAACCAGGUUCAAAAACAAAGAAGAUUCCUUACCCAACAAAAAAUCCCUUCACAUGGAUGUUUUGGCUGGUUUCUUGUCCAAACUACACAUAUGAGGUGGGCUCCUGGAUCGGCUUCACAUUGAUGACCCAGUGUGUGCCUGUGGCUUUCUUCACCAUUGUGGGCUUCAUCCAGAUGACAGUGUGGGCCAAAGGCAAACACUACGGCUACUUAAAGGAGUACAGAGAUUACCCCACCCUGCGCUCUUCCAUACUGCCCUUCAUCCUCUAAAGACUGGCAGUGAAAACAACAGGUUCUACCCACAACCACCCCUCUCUGAUGGGCUGUUUGAGGGCCUUUCCAUCUACUGGAUGUCAGAAAGUGUCUCCUGAUGUUGGAAGGAAUUCGGUCAUUUGGACUCCAUUUCACUUAAUCCAAAAUGGCUGUUAUGGUUACUCUGAGUGUUCAAAUGGUGAAUGCAAGACUUUGAGAGGCAAAAGAAGCCAUCAGAGUUAAAUGCAACAAAGUCUUAAUUUAAUCUUGUAUGUGAUCUUGAAGAGCGAGAGGAUGAAACAUUUUCUUUGCUACUUUGGUAAGUUUUAACAUGUUUGAUGUGCUGUUUCAUUUGUAUUGCCAGAUUUCGUAGCUUUUUUGGCAACCUGAUCAGUGGAGUUUCCCACAGAGCUAAUCUGCAUUGUCAAACUAGUGUGCAGCCUGGAGCUGACAGCUUUGUGGCCUCAUGCAGAGUUCUGCUGUUACAAGUGACCUUUACACUACAGCUAUCUGGAUCAGAAAUUGUAUGCCAAUCAACACGUUUUCCACAAUGGUUGAGGAAAAACUUUUUUUUCUGUAAAAGAAACAAGUGUAUUUCUCAUUUAGAAAAAAAACAGUGAUGACAUUUAAAAAUAUACCUCUUACUAACACAAGAUGAUUAUAGUGUUAAUUUAGAAGUAGUGAAAAGUAAAGUGUCAGUUAUAAAAUUAUCUUCAUAGUUUGACAUACUUAAUAUUAAGUUGCUGCACCUUUCUUUUCUUUUGUACUGAUCUAAAGACUUGCCCAAAUACAAUACUUUGUAUGGUGGUGAUUUCCAGGGUUGGAUAAGGUCAUAACAUCAUAAAUAGUUUACUUUGCUAUUCCAUUUUCAUUGAAUGUGCAUGUCACAGAACGCUGCGCCGACUCAACCUUCAAAUAAAAUGAGGAACUUUUAUUUUAUUGUA